UUCAGGGACAAUACAAAGGCCAAAAAGGGUUUUGAAUUGAAUUGCCUCGUGCUCUUUAGAUCAAACCGAAGGGUGUCACCAUGACUGCCUUGUCACCAUGACUGCCUUACGUACAAUAGUAACAUAUACAUUGCGGUUGCUAUUGCGAUUAAUGGCGGUCUUAUAAUGCCGGUUCUUCAGGAUGCUGAUAAGAUGGAUCUGUAUCUUUUAUCUCAAAAGUGGAAGGAGCUAGUGGAGAAAGCCCAUUCAAAGCAACUUCAGCCUCACGAGUACAAUUCAGGAACAUUUACUCUGUCCAAUUUGGGCAUGUUUGGAGUGGAUAGAUUCAACACUAUACUUCCGCCAGGCCAGGGUGCUAUUAUGGUUGUCGGAGCUUCAAAGCCGGCAGUUGUGACUGAUGCAGAUGGCUUCUUCAGUGUAAGAGUAAAAUACUGUUAAAAGCCUUGGGAAUGGAUAAUAUCUUGGGCUUUGAUUGGCCAGCAUCUCCAUCACCUGAAGCCAUGGUUCGGGCACUUGAAAUACUUUAUUCACUUGGAGUCCUGGACGAUGAUGCCAAACUUCUCCAGUUGGAUUCCAAGUUGCAGAGAUUCCAUUAGAUCCUAUGAUUUCAAAAAUGAUCUUGUCCUCAAGUCAACUUGGAUGUUCAGAGGAGAUAAUAACUA